AUGAAUUCGUGGACAAUUUUUCUACGUCGUUUAUCGACUUCUGUUUCAUCCUCUUCGAGUAUCCGACACCCAUCAUUGAAACGUUCGCCUCUUUAUUCAACAUUAACUGACAAGGACGUUACAUUUUUCGAAAAACUAUUACCAAAGCGUAUAGUAACAGACUAUGAUGAUUGUUUGCCGUACAAUGUUGAUUGGAUAAAAACAUGUCAUGGUCAAUCAAAACUAGUUUUACGUCCGAAAACUGUUCAAGAAAUAUCUGAUAUACUACGUUAUUGUAAUGAGCGAAAAUUAGCUGUUUGUCCUCAAGGUGGUAAUACGGGUUUGUCUGGCGGUUCUGUGCCAGUAUUUGAUGAGAUUGUUCUCUCACUAUCCUUACUAAAUCGAAUUCAUGAUUUCAAUCAAAAUAGUGCAGUUUUAACGACAGAAUCUGGCUGUGUUCUGCAAACAUUAGAAAAGUAUGUUGAACAGUUUGGUCAUACCAUACCGUUAGAUUUGGGAGCCAAAGGUAGUUGUCAUAUAGGUGGUAAUGUCGCGACAAAUGCUGGUGGCUUAAGAGUAGUGAGGUAUGGUCCUCUACGUGCAAAUAUACUUGGAUUAGAAAUUGUAUUAGCAGAUGGAACGAUACUCGAUUGUUUAACGCAGUUGAGAAAAGAUAAUACGGGUUAUGAUCUCAAACAACAUUUUAUUGGUUCAGAAGGGACACUCGGUAUAAUAACUCAAGUUUCUAUCUUAUGUCCGCCAAAAAUGUCGUCUGUUGGCUUAGGUUUUUUCAGUUGUGAGACAUUUGAAGAUGUACUAAAGGUGUUACGUUUAGCAAGACAUAAGCUUGGUGAAACACUGUCGGCUAUUGAAUUUAUGGACAAUACAUCAUUAAAAUUAUCCAUGAGAUAUUUAAAGAAAGACAGUGGUCCUAUUAAAGAGAGUCCAUUUUAUGUUAUCAUUGAAACAAUGAGUACAUCAUCUGAACAUUGUAAAAAUAUGAUGGAACUAUUUUCGACCAAAGCAUUAGAAGAUGGAUGUAUUACGGAUGGAACAUUGGCUCAAGAUUUAAAUCAGUAUUCGGAACUGUGGGCGUUAAGAGAAUCUAUUUCUAAUGGUCUAGUAUCAGAUGGCUACGUGUUUAAAUAUGAUUUUUCGUUGGGAUUAAAACAUAUGUAUGAACUUGUUGAAAUAACUCGAAAACUCAUGGAACCAUUGAAAGAUGUUAGAAAUGUAACAGGUUUUGGUCAUGUGGGCGAUGGAAAUCUCCAUUUGAAUGUAACAACAAAAGAAUAUUCACAAACAGUUAAAGAUGUGUUAGAACCAUUUUUAUAUGAAUGGGUAUCGAAACAACGAGGUUCAAUAUCGGCUGAGCACGGUCUCGGAUUACAUAAAGCAAAAUAUCUUGGACUGGGUAAGAGUUUACAUGCCUUGGAUAUAAUGAGAAAUAUUAAAACACUCUUUGAUCCUAACUUAAUUCUUAAUCCUUAUAAAUUAUUUCCCUACAAAUAA